GUAAGUUUUCGUCGAAAAAUCGUUAUUCAAAAUAAGUCAGCUGGAUGUUACUGGAAACACAAGUCAAACAGUAAAUAUGACUAAAGCUGUUAAACGAAGUCUUAAGACGUAUCACACUCGAAGAAAAUUCAGACAGCGCGAUCCGAAAAUCAGGAAUACUCCGCAGGAUCUACUUCGUCGAAUUUUUCGAAUUGCGAAAUUGAUGCGAAAUGAUAAUGCGGCAGGGCGACGGGAAUGGAAUGGGCGACGAUCAAGGGGAGGAAGGUUGACAUUUGCACAAGAACAACAUGAAAGACGAAUACAUGUUUGGCAAGACAGAAAAGAAAAAAAGAUCUACCAAUCUGCACAUUUCUUGUCUUGCACAUAUCUAUGUUGCUUUUCAACAUGCUGCUUUGAGUUGGAUAUGCCGUGCUUUGUCACGAUGAUUGUAGGUUUAAUACAGAUUUGAAGUCCUGCUUCAAUUCUCUGGACUGCCACUGCUUCAGCCGGGUCUCCGUGGAGCAUAAGCCCAGUUACCCUUCAGGUGGCUGAUCAGCUUAUAUUCUUUGGUAAAACCUGUCUGCGUUGCGCUUCGUUACUUCAUUUACUUAUUUGAGGUUUCAGGGUGUCAUCGUAUAGUCUAGGGGUUCGCAUGCUAGCCAAUGGUAGACUCAAUGGAGUGGCUUAUUGCUAGGAAAGUCUUCAUCCGAUGGAGCACUAUCCGCAGCAAAAUUCAUCCAGGGUAAGCAGUUGAAGCGCAACUAGAGCACGCACUAGACCGAAGCCUCCUGUCACAA